GAUGCAGUUCUAAGCCAUUAUGUCGCAAAUUAAUUUAGAACGUUCGGUGAGCAUUAAUUUGAGUCCACAUGAGAUUGGAUUUUGUUGGGAGUCGGCGAGUGAUUUGUUUCACAAACAGCUAAUUGUUGCACACAAACAGCCUUCAGAGUUUUUUUCGAUAACCUGUCUUACCACCACCAAAGACACUCAUCCACCAUACUGAGCAUGUCAGCCAUGCACUACAGCCCCAUUGAUGAGCAUGAUGAGCUCAUCACGGCCCUCCUCGCAGGGCGGUGGUGGGCAAUAAUGGAACUGGAUGAUCUUUUGCGCUCAUCAUCUAAGAAAGAGUGUGGGGACCUCACUUCAGGCCAGUGGCGGGAAAUAGUGGAGGCCCCGCAAGGAGCGCCUGUUACUCCUCAGUACCAACAGGGAGAGCUUGUGCCUGCCAGGUCCCCUGAGAAAGACCAAGAGGAAGUACCUGUGCCAGGCUUGUUCCCUGAAGCGGCACUAGUGGCCACCGUUGGUCAACAGGAAGUCCCAGUGCCUAUCUUGUCCCUUGAGGAAGUGCUGGUGGCAGAUGGGUCCCCGCAGGGAGCACCUAUGCCUUCCAGGAAGCAACUGAAGGGAAAACUGAAAAUACCCCAAAACAUGAGACUUUCUGUAAGGGAUGCCAUCUUGACACCCUUGCCACUAAGGCCCCCAAAGGGACCACCACCAAAGCCUGCCAAGUAUCCGAAUGGAGCACCAGUCCCUGCCUCAUCCCCUGGAGAAGCACCUGUUCCUACCAGGUCCCCAGAGGAGGCCCCAGUGCCCGCCUCAGCCCAAGUGGAAGCGCCAGUGCCUAAAGAACCACCAGUGGCCUCCUCGCCUCAAGAGGAAGAAUCUGUUUCCACUUCGUCACUCGUGGCAGAUGGGUCCCCACAGGGAGCACCUCUGCCUGCCAGAAACCGAUUUAGGGGAAAAAUGAAAGUCUCCGAAAAUAUGAGACUUUUUCUAAAAAAGGAUGUUAUCUUGACACCUUUGCCCCUAAGGCCCCCAAAGGGGCCAGGACUACCAUCAAGACCUGCUAAGACUCCAAAAGGAGCAGCAGUGCCUGCCUCAUCCACGGGGGAAGUACCUGUGCUCUCCUUGUCCCCAAAGAAAGGGCCUGUGCACACCUCAUCUCAAACGAAAGCACUAAUGCCUGCCUCAUCCCAAGAAGAAGCACCAGUGUCCACUGCAACUGCUGAGGAAGUACUUGUCCCUGCCAGGUCCCCAGAGAAAGCGGCGGUGCCUGCCUCGUCCCAGGAGGGAGCACCUGUGACCACUGCAUCCUUAAACGAUGCACAUAUGCCUGCCAUGUCCCUCAAGAGAUCACCAAGACUCUCUGUGUCUCUACAGGGAGCAACCAAAUCCAUUCUGAAGAGACUGUGCCCAUGGAGCACUGGAGAUUUGGAAAAUGCAGAUGUGGUUCAGCCACCUCCGCACAAAAUCUGUGUGAGAAAAGACACACACCAGCACAUCCUGAAGAGGCCAUGCCCAUGGAGCUCCGAAAGAUCUGACAGUGAAGAUGUGAUUCAGCUCCUUCUGCCAAAGAAGCAACGUGUGGGAAAAGAGCCUAAAGAUGCUAUAAAAAGAACAAGGGAACAACACCUUGUUUAUAUGCACAAAUAAAAUGUAAAACAAUACACAUGAAUAAACUGUGGUGUUAAAUAUUUUAUGUCAAAAUAGAAAACGGUAGUCUUACAUUUCAGUAUUAUUAAUAUGGACACAGUAAAGCCUAAACCACAUUUUAAUAUUUUUAAUAUUUG